GGAUUAGCAGAGAUGUGUGUUAGUGAAAGGGAAGUGAAAAAGGUGGUUGAUUCUGUAAAUUUGUGAGUUGUAAGUUAGCAUCCGUUUAGCUACAGUGAGGCGCGCUCCGUUGUCAUUGACCACCAGCUGUAAGUUAGCUGGCUGUUAGCUACCAGAGCUUAACCACGAUGAGCUUCUCACGGGAGAUAAAACAGCUGCAGAAAGCAAAGAGCAAAGCCCAGAACAGCAACAACCUGAAAGAGGAAGCCAACAUCUGUAAUCAGCUGGGAGAGCUGCUGUCCAGAAAUGGUGACUAUGAAGCUGCCAUUAGGGAGCACCAGCAGGAGUUGUCUCUCUCUGAGGUGUCAAAUGAUGUGAUUGGACGAGCUGUGGCCAAUCGAAAGAUUGGAGAGUGCUACGCAGAGAUGGGAAAUAUUGAAGCUGCUUUGAAACAUCAACACCGUCACCUGGACCUGGCUCGGUCUGUCAGAGAUCAUGCUGAGGAGCAGCGAGCGCUGGCCACUAUUGGUCGAACCUACCUCUUCCGUUAUGAAUCAGACCAAUCAAGGAACAGUUUAGAGCAAGCAGAGGAUACCUUUAUGAAGAGCCUCGCCAUUGUGAAUGAUCAUCUAGAAGGAACUGUGCCUGGGCGAGAGAUUAGUGAGAUGAAGGCUCGUCUCUUCCUCAAUCUCGGUCUGGUUUAUGAUCAUCUGGGGCAGCACAAGCGCUGCAGUGAAUUGAUCCGACGCAGUGUCUUUAUUGCUGAAAAGGGCCAACUGCUGGAGGAUCUCUACCGUGCAAACUUUAACCUCGGCAACAUCUGCUUUCGUAACGGUCAGCACUCUAAUGCUGUGCGCUGCCUGGAACAGGCCAAAGAGUGUGCCCGAAAGAUCAAAGACAAGUUCAGUGAGAGUGAGUGCUUCCACUGCAUCGGCAAGGUCCAGCUGUCUCUGGGUGAUUUCGUAGCAGCUAGACGAUCUCUGAAGAAAGCUCUCAUGUUGGGUUCCCAGCAGCCACUGGACCGGCAGGCAGUGAAGAAAGUGUUCAAAUAUGCUGACCAAGGCUGUAAAUUAGAGGAGGAGUUGGGGGAGGAUCAGGGCAAAAGACUCCCAUCCCAUCAGGCAGUGGGGCUGGCAGAACAGCUCGGGGACCUCUACUGUAAAGUCCUCUGCUACAAGAAAGCUUUGGAUGCAUAUCAAGCUCAGCUUACAGGUGCCAAGGCGUUGGGAAAGCCUGCCAGGGAGCUGGCUGUCAUCCAUGUGUCACUGGCUGCGACCUACACAGACUUGAGACAGCACAGCAAGGCGGUGGAGCACUACAGACAGGAGCUGGCUUUACGACAGGGCAGCCCUACUGAGGAAUGUAGCACUUGGCUGAACAUUGCAACAGCUCAGGAGGAGAGCGGCUGUGCCUUCGAGGAUAUAGACAACAGCUAUAGUACAGCGUUACGUUGCGCUCAGAAGUCUGGGCAGGCCAGACUACAGAAGCGUGUGCUGAGGCUUUGCUUGGCGGUUCAGAGACGAAACGGCUCAUCGGAUGCUGAUGACACUGAAGCAAGGCUGCAUGAGCUGUGUGCUUCAGAGGGCUGGAGUCCAGACAACAGCGAUGGUGAAGACGAUGAAGAAGAGGAGAUGGACAACAGUGAACCGCUGGAUGACAGUGAUGUUGUCCUUUCAGACUCGGAUGACGAUUUGGAGGGCUAUGACAAGAUGGUGUCAGGAAGGAGGAAGGCAGGAAGAUGGAACAAGAGGAAUGAGAAGGGUGAAACAUCUCUCCACAGAGCGUGUAUAGAUGGGAACUUGAAGCAGGUCCAGUACCUGGUGGAACAGGGUCACCCAGUGAAUCCCAGGGACUACUGUGGCUGGACUCCCCUGCAUGAGGCCUGCAACCACGGUCACCAAGAGAUUGUAGCCGUGCUACUGGAGCGAGGCGCUAACAUCAACGACCCUGGUGGUCCCUUAUGUGAAGGAGUGACUCCUCUCCAUGAUGCCCUUGCUUGCGGCAACUUUAAGGUGGCCAGACUCUUGUUGGAACGAGGGGCUUCUGUCACCCUACGCAACUCUAAGGGUGAUACCGCCAUGGACACCCUGCGUCAGUGGCAGCGGACGUACAGCAGAGAGCUGGACCAGGACACCAAGCAGGAGUGCACAGCAACAGAGAGACUCCUGAGGAAGGCGCUAGCAGGGGGAGUGCCUGCUGCUCCGGCCCCAGCUAAGCCGUUCGAUGCCCUGCAGGACAGCCAGCUGUUUGAUGCAGAGAACUCGGAGCCGCUGUCGUCCUCUGGAGGGGGCUGUUCCUCCAGCCAGGACUGGUCUCGGAGCAGCAGGAACUCUGAGGUGAACUCAGAACCUGCCAGCCACAAAAGGUGGCAGUGCAAUGGCUCAACACAGCGGCACAGAGCCAGAGGAACAGAGGCUGCUGUCCUGUAUGGGAAUAACAGCAGCUGCUCAGAGGACAGCGACUCUGACUGCCCGGUCAGUCCCCUCCGUCCCGUCCGCCCAAGACACAAUUUCCCAGCAGCCCCAAGUCAAAAGGACGUUCCCCCAAACAAGGAAGCCAGCUCAAUCCCCAACUCUGAUCGAGAGAGUAUCAGGGAGGCCCCUGCGCCGUCCGUCUUUGCACGAGAGGAGUACCACAGCGCCAUUCGAGGCUUGGGCAGCGCCAAAACUCGUCUCCAGGGUCUGUCGCAGCCCCAGUUCUCCAGCACACCUGCUGUCUCAUCCAGCAACAGAUCAGCUCUGGUUCCUGAGGAGGAGUAUCUGGCAGAUGAUUGGUUGGAGGACGAUUUGGGGGAAAUCCAGCCGAAGAAGAAGAGGAGGGUUGGGGUGGAACAGAAUGGGGUGCGAGGGGAACACACUGCUUUGUCUUCAGCAGCCAGAAGUCCAAACAGGCUGUCAAACUCUGAGACAUCCUGCAGAAGUUCUGCAGUUCCUUCCUCCUCCAGCAGGGGUCUCUCUCUGAAAAAGAACGGCUCACUGAAGCCUCACCAGGUCAAAAUGACUCAGAUGCCAGGAAUGGUCAGGCUGGGCAGACGAGAGGUCAACAGGUCACACAGCCCAACUGUUGAUGACGACAUCAGACCGGAGACACCGCCGCCCCCACAAAUACACAUGCAGCCUCCAACUCAAACACUGGCCGCUCCCAUCCCCACAUCACUGCCUCCACCAAUCAGAAUGAGGGUCAGAGUUCAGGAGGACGUUUUCCUCAUCCCAGUUCCACAAAGUGAGGCGGACUCCUGCACUGUGUCGUGGCUGUGUGAACAGGCAGCUCAGCGUUACUACCAGAAGUGUGGCCUCCUGCCUCGUCUCUCGCUGCAGAAGGAAGGUGCUCUGCUCUCCCCGCAGGACCUGCUGCUGGCUGUCCUGCACACCAAUGAGGAGGUCUUGGCUGAAGUGUCCUCCUGGGAUCUCCCUCCUCUCCCUGAGCGCUACAAGAAGGCCUGUCACAGCCUGGCAGUGGAUGAAAAUAAGCGUGUCACACGGCUGUGCGAGGCGCAGGACGGGAGUUCGUCUGUGUCGGUGUGUGGCCUCAGCUUGACCCCCUCGUCCCUCAACCCCCUCCUCCGUGCCCUAAAACUGCAGGCCAGCCUCACUGAGCUGCGUAUUUCCGGCAACCGUCUCCACGACAGCCUUCUCCCCGAACUGGUUGCCACAACAAUCACUAUGCCACGACUUCGGCUGCUGGACAUUUCUGCCAAUCACGUCACAGGGGAAGGACUCGAGAAGGCUGUAAAUGCUUUAAAGGGUCAGAGCCAUCCUGCAUUUCCGUGUCUGGAGGAGCUUGACCUCAGUAUGAAUCCGCUGGGUGACGGUGUAUCUGAGUCCCUGUCCUGUCUGCUGUCCUGCUGCCCUCUGUUAGCUAAGCUGUCUCUGCAGGCCUGUGGCCUCACUGCUCGUUUCCUUCAGCAGCAUCGUCUGCUGCUAGCCAGCGCUCUGACAGGCACGGGCCACUUGAAAUCAGUGUGUCUAUCCCACAAUGCACUUGGCUCCACUGGCUUUGAGCUGGUGCUGAAAACUCUGCCUCUGCAUAGUCUCACACACCUGGACCUGUCUGCUGUCCGCAGGGGGCCCACUGAUUACCCAGCACUGGAACACCUCUCCAAAGUCCUGUCACAGGAUGAGUGUUCACUGACUCAUCUGAGUCUGGCAGCAAACGAAUUAACGGACAGCAGUGUAGCCACCUUGGCCAGGUGCCUGCCUUCAUGUCCGACUCUGGUGAGUCUGAACUUAUCAGGAAACCCGUCUGUCACUUCAGAAGGACUUCACAGCAUCCUGAUCUCUCUUAGAGAAGCUUGUCGACCGCUGACCCUUCUAAACCUUCAAGGUUGUCAGGUGUCUGGCCCCUGGGACAGUGCAGGUCUGGAUGGUUUGUCAGAGCUGGUGAGGGAUCUCCGUCUUUGCUCUCAAGGACUCAACAAGCUGGAUCGGCAGGCCUUAAAGCAGAGCUGGGACAACAGUCAGUCACACGGACGCUUUCUCGACCGAAACGCCAAGUGCCUUCUCUCUGCUGCAGCCUCCUCAUGAGGAAGUGAAAAUGAAAGAUGAUGACAAAUCUGCAUUUCUUUCCUCUUCUCUUUAUCACUGACGCUGAUCCAUGUGAAAUCAGUAGCUAUCUUGUAUUUUAAAUAAAUCGUAAAGACACAACUUUGAUAAUAAGGGUGCUAUUCUUUUAAGGUUUUUGUUCAGAGGCUGAACACCUAAAUCUUCAAAAGAAACAAACUGCACAAAAAAUGUAGAGAAAUGGCCUCCACAGCCAUUCUGUGUAAAUAGCUUAUUUGGUUCAUGUUUUUUGUACGCCUUAUUUAUGUGUAUGUGUGAAAGUCUCAGUUGUGUAGAGACAGUUUAUGUUAGCAGUGUAUUUGUGUCAUGAGGCACAUUUGUCCUCGACCUUCUGAAUUAUUGUAUGAUUUGAUUUAAAAGAAACAAACAAUUAAAGUGACUCAUGAUGUGUUUGUC